UGUUGAUUUCUUUGUGUCCCAGUGGGUCGCAGGCAGAACCCGGAGGUGAGGAGCAGCGGGCCGGGGAAGGAGCGAUGCUGCUACUUCUUCUGGCAGGGCCAAAACUCCACCGUCAGCGAGAAAGGGACGUCGGCGCUGAUGACGGUGGAGCUGGACGAGGAGAGAGGAGCGCAGGUCCAGGUGCAGCAGGGGAAAGAGCCUCCAUGUUUCCUUCAGUGCUUCAACGGAGGGAUGAUCGUCCACGCUGGCAAGAGGGAGGAGGAUGAGGAGAACAAUCAGAGCGAUUGGCGUCUGUACUGCGUGCGGGGCGAGGUGCCGGUGGAGGGCCACCUGCUGGAGGUGGCGAGUCACUGCAGCUCCCUGCGCUCCAGAGCCUCCAUGAUCCUGCUCAACAUCAACAAGGCCAUCAUCUACCUGUGGCACGGCUGCAAGACGCAGCUGCACACCCGCAGCGUGGGGAGCACGGCCGCUCACAAGAUCAAAGAACAGUGA